UUUCAAUUUCAAUUUCGCUCUCUUUUUUUAAAAUAUCAAUUUCCUUUUUAUACUUUUCAAUCAGCUCAUAUUUGUUUUGCAUUUUUUCUUCAAAAUUUUCCUUUCUAUAUAUCCAUUUUUCGCGAAGAGAAGUUAAUUUAUCCUUUGUCUUUUCAUAUUUUUUCCACAUUUGAUGAAGAAUUUGUUCUUUUUUAAGUUCUUUUGGAGCCGUCAAUUGCAGCCGUGAAUAUAUUAUGUUACGUAAUUCCUUAAUACUUGAUAGAAAUAAUUUUUUUUGCAGCGAAAUCUAUUGAAUUACGAAAAUGGAAUCUUAGUAAUUUACUUCUAUAAAAAAAUGUAAAUUUAAACUUACAUUAUCUUUAUAUUGAUCUGUAUGUAAGUGAUGGGAAAAAAAGGAAAAGAUAAGAAUAAGUUAGCACGAAUGUCGGAAGAAGAACGAAUUCGUUAUCUCCAGCAUAGAGCUGAACUAGAGGAAGAAGCAAAAAGAAGAAAACAACAACUCAUAAGUACAUUUAUGAAGAAUAAAUUGAAGAAAGAAGAUGCCUUUAGUCGUCUCAACGUGGCAAAAAUCAAAAGUGAAUGGCGUGAUAUAUUGCGAAGAAUAAAAUGCAAACAACUGCAUGAGGACCUUAAGGCUAUAAAAAAAGAAUGCGAUGAAUCGAUUCAACGUAAAAAUGCAGUCAUACGUCGCUUACUUUCAGAUCUUGAUGAAUCUGAGGAAAUCUACUCAACAAUGUUACAUUCUCAUAUGAACAUUAUUGAAAAGCUGAUAGAUAUAUCUGAUGAUCGCUUACAGUUUCUGCGAAAAAAUUAUGAGUCCGAAAAACGAAAAAUAAUCCAAAUGUAUGAAAUAGAUAUGGUUGAUUAUAAAAAUAAAAAAUUUCAACAGCAGAAGGAGUUGGAAAGUGUUUAUUAUGGCUUAGCUGAGCGAUCUCUGAAACAAAUGAAAACAGCCGAGGAAGAAUUUCUUCAAAAACAAGAUGAGCUCAAAAAUUCUAUGAUGUCAAAGCUGGAAAUGAUUACAAAAGAACGGGAAAUUCAUAUGGAAAAGUUAUGGAAAGAAUUUCAAAAUGUUUUAAAUUCAUAUCUUAAAUAUACAGAAGAAUAUCGUGACGAAUAUAUUGAUUUACGUAAUAGAGAUGCAGAAGACACUCGUAGUAUUCAAGAUCACUAUAAUGAAGUUGCUAAAUUAACAGAACGAAUCACUGAACUAAAAUCUCAGUUAGCAAAUAUCAAGGAUGAACAAGACUUUAAUGUAAAUCAGUUGAUUAAGCAUCGCAACGAUUUGAAAUUUAAAAUGGAAAAAAUGAAAGAAGAUAUGGAUCAUGGAUUGAUAAAAGAUAAAGAAAAAUUGAAAUAUCUUGUGUCAAUUGGAACACGCGUUUUUAAGCGUCUGAACAAUUUUUUGAAGCAAGGAAAAACAGUAAUACAAUUGAUUCGUCUUUGUGAAAAUAUUGAACUAGAUCACCAAAAAAUGUCUGACAUUGUUGGCAAAAAAAGGAAAUUUCUUAACUAUAGCGAAGAAGAAUUAAAGAUUCCUCCUUCACCGAAUGAAAAGGCUCCUUUAGGAGUAGACGAUAAUAUUGUGCAAUUAUACGAUAAAUUGGACAUUUUUUGGAUGCGGUAUAAUAGAACUCGGAUUGAUUGCGUAUGCUUAAAAGAAGAAAAGUCUGUAUUGCAAAAAGAAAAUAAAGAAUUGACUAAUAAGCUCAAGAGCUAUUUAGUGGCUGUUAACAUGACAUCUGGCCAUCCUGUUCAUAAUACAUACAAUCACAGAUAUUCAAACCGACCAAGUAGUGUAAAAAUUGAAAGAAUUGAGCAUAUAACAAUAACAUCAAAGAACGAAUUAUUGAAGAGAAAUAAAUUUGAAAAACGACCAGUUACUUGCAUUGAUGGUAAUUUAAGUAACGCAGUAAGACACUUACGAAUUUCAACAAUGCUUCAAAAUACAGAUUGUUAUGCCAUAUCAAACAAGUUUUAAUUAUAUUUAUUGCUUAGUAUAUCCUAAGAUUAUUUGCAUAAUAGUGUCAUUGCAUAUAAAUAAAGAAACCAAAUUUUUUCUACACAUAAAGAUA